AACCUAAACCUACCUAAGCCACUAUCAUUAGGUUAUGUAUGUCAUAUCAUAUUAUAACAUUACGAUUACUUUAUUCUGUGGCGUAAAAUUAAGUUAAUCACCGUGAUACUUAACAUUUAAACAUCAUACAUUUUUUUAAGGUGUAUGGUAAUCUUCAGAAAAGUGGUGCUUGGAACAGGAAUUUUGACUAGUGUCUCGGCCCUUUUCUACUUAUCUUAUUCAACAAUGGCAUGGCGUUCCCAUGGGCGCUCAAAUUUAGAUCUAGUUAAAAACCUUAGAGCCAACAAGGUUAUACACAGCGAUGAUGUGGAAAACGUCUUGGCCCAGGUUGACAGAGGCAAGUACGUAACUCACAAUCCGUACAUGGACGCGCCACAGAGUAUUGGCUACGGUGUCACCAUCAGCGCUCCUCACAUGCAUGCAUAUGCUCUGGAGCUGCUGAGGGACAGACUGACGGAGGGAGAGAGAGCACUAGACGUGGGCUCUGGCUCAGGUUUUCUGACCGUCUGCAUGUCACUAAUGGUAGGAGAGACCGGACAAGCUGUAGGGAUAGACCACAUACCUGAACUGGUCAACUACAGCAAGGACAACGUGAUGAAGGACAAACCUGAACUGCUCACCUCUGGACGAGUCAAACUUGUAGUUGGUGACGGCAGGUUGGGAUACCCUGAAGAAGCUCCCUACAAUGCUAUCCAUGUUGGUGCUGCGGCCCCCACUCUACCACAAUCUCUAGUGGACCAGUUGAAGCCCGGUGGUCGGCUGAUUGUGCCGGUCGGCCCAGCCAAUGGCGAUCAGAAGUUGGAGCAGAUAGAUAAGAACGAGGACGGGUCUGUAACCCGGACAACACUUAUGGGAGUCGUCUACGUCCCUCUGACAGACAAGGAGCGACAAUGGCCUGGCAGGUCAGACUUGUGAGGUAUGCUGAGCCAAAAUCAAAUCACUUUAGUUCUAAGUUCUAAACACAAAUCCCAUUUCAAACAACACAAAUUUAUUUCAAGCUUUUUAUUUUCAUCGAGGGAUUGGAAUGAAACGACGACUGCCACGUGUUGUUAUUGUAAAUAAAUAAACUGAAUGUUUCAUUGUUUACUAAGUUAUUUGUUUUGUUGAAUUUGCGUGUGACACAAUAAUAGCUUUUGCUUUGUUUGUACUUUCCAAUAAAGGAAAAUGUUAUUUUUAA